AUGCCUCGAAUCCUCAAAGUAGCAGCUGCACAAGUCGGUGCUGUUCAUCGCGACGCCGACAGACAAGAGACACUAUUUCGUCUAAUCUCCCUCCUCGACCAAGCAGCUUCUCAAAAAGUGCAACUGGUCCUCUACCCCGAAUGCACAUUUACAACAUUCUUCCCCCGCCACCUCUUUACCUCUCAAUCAGAACUAGACACAUACUUUGAACACAACGACGACCUCCUUUCUUCUCCCUCUACUGCCCCUCUGUUCCAAAAAGCUGCCGAGUAUGGUAUCGAUAUCAGCGUCGGUUUUGCCGAACGCACAGAAGAUGGCACAGGCUAUAAUACCUGCAUCUACUUUUCCGCAAGCCAAGGCAAAAUAAUCAACAAAUACCGCAAAGUACACCUGCCUGGCACCGUCGAACCCUUCAGCGAUCCAGAAGCUGUAAACCAACUCGAAAAACGCUACUUUACACCUGGAAACCUCGGCUUCCCUGCUUUCCGCGCUCCUAAUCUUUUGCCUUCCUCUAGCAUCACUACAAAGCAAUCUUCAGGUACCACAGGAUUAGUGGAGAGAAAAGAAGAGCAAGGAAAAGGCGAUCCGGUGUUGGGAAUGAUGAUCUGUAACGAUCGUCGCUGGCCAGAAGUUUGGAGAUCUUAUGCUCUUCAAGGAGCAGAACUCCUUCUCCUAGGCUACAACACCGUAGCACACAAUGAACAACUGAUACGUAGAAACCAACAAACAGGCAAAUUAGUACAACAAUCAAACUCAUACAUGAACUCCCUCUUCAGCAUCUCCGCCGCCCGCUGCGGUCUAGACGAUAACCACUACAAUCUAAUCUCCGGCUCUGCAAUAAUAAACCCAGAAGGCCAUGUCCUCGCCGAAUCAACCACAAAAGAUGACGAACUCGUCGUUGCAGAAAUCGACUUGGAGGAAUGUAGACAAGGAAGGGAGAAAACAUUUGAUUUUGGUAGACAUAGGAGAACGGAGGCUUAUGCAAGGAUUGUGGACCAAGUGGGGGUUGUGGAGCCGGAGCUUUUGUAG